CGGGCCGCGGCGGAGGCUGGAGCGCAGUGGCAGGAUGCAGCGCCCCGGCCCCUUCAGCACCCUCUACGGGCGGGUCCUGGCCCCGUUGCCCGGGCGAGCCGGAGGCGCGGCCUCGGGUGGAGGCGGCAAUAGUUGGUCUGCCCCGGUUUCCCACGUGCAGCCGCCGGGGCGCGCCCAGUUCGGGUCCUGUGGCUGCACGGGUCCCACUAGCACGAGUAGUGGGAGUGCCAGCGGCGUCUUCCCGCCCCCGUCCACGAUGUCCAAAGCUGAGGAGGCCAAGAGACUGGCGGGCCGCGCGGCCGUGGAGAACCACGUGAGGAAUAACCAAGUGUUGGGAAUUGGAAGUGGUUCUACAAUUGUCCAUGCUGUGCAGCGAAUAGCUGAAAGAGUGAAACAAGAGAAUCUGGACCUUGUCUGCAUCCCCACUUCCUUCCAGGCCCGUCAGCUCAUCUUGCAACAUGGCUUAAUGCUUAGUGACCUGGACCGACACCCAGAGAUUGACCUCGCCAUUGAUGGUGCCGAUGAAGUAGAUGCAGACCUCAACCUUAUCAAGGGUGGUGGAGGCUGCCUGACUCAGGAGAAGAUUGUAGCCGGCUAUGCCAGCUGCUUCAUUGUGAUUGCUGAUUUCAGGAAGGAUUCAAAGAAUCUUGGGGAUCAGUGGCAUAAGGGAAUCCCCAUUGAAGUCAUCCCAAUGGCCUAUGUCCCUGUGAGCCGAGCUGUGACCCGGAAGUUUGGGGGUACAGUUGAACUCCGAAUGGCCGUCAACAAGGCAGGUCCUGUGGUGACAGAUAAUGGGAAUUUUAUCCUGGACUGGAAGUUUGACCAGGUGUACAAAUGGAGUGAAGUGAACACUGCUAUCAAAAUGAUACCAGGUGUGGUGGACACAGGCUUAUUUAUCAAUAUGGCAGAGCGAGUCUACUUUGGGAUGCAGGAUGGCUCAGUGAGCGUGAGGGAGAAACCUUUCCACUGA